UUGUCUCUUGAAAAAUGUCAGGGUGACUGAGGAGUGUAGGAUGAUUCAAUUAGAGCUCCGUCAGAGGCCUGGCAGACGGCUGGACGUCAUCGUGUUUGCUGCCAUCUAGCGGCGGAUAAGCGACACAGAGGAUGGGUGGCAACGAAGAAAUGAAUGUCAUUCCUUUCUGUCUCACCUGACAAAUCACAUCCAGAGUCUCGUUUUGGCUUUGCCAACAGUACAAAACAGUGGACGGUGGUUUCCUUGUCGAUUUGACUCGCUUUGUUCGUAUGCACCGAGCUGACACUGCUACAAAAGGUGGCGGCAGUUAGGAGAAAAAUGCUCUGACACCAGCAACAGUUGGAGAUAAAAGAGAGCUGACCGGGACUGGAGGAGUCAGGGGGGAAGAAAACGGUUGUUAUCCAGGAGGUCUCCGCUGAUUUCCCUAAUCAUGCCGGGCCACAAGAGGCAGCCCAGUAUCGAGUUACUGGAAUUUAUGGGAGUGGUAAAGGAAAAUGGCAAUGAACAAGCAUCACUUCCUCCUAUGUUCACUCCGCUCUCAUACGACUACGUCCUGGUCGCCAAAACAAUUGAUGACCAGGAGAGGCAGGCCUUCAAGAAACAAACUGAAUACAUAGAAGAGCUGAAAAAGAAGAACUUCAAAGUGACAAAAAUCAUCGAUGAUCAUCUCGUCUUCUAUGGGAUCCAAGGACCUAAAGACAUAUUUCAGAAGUACAGGUAUCUGCUUAAGGUAUCUGAUGCCUGCAACUGGAGCUCAUAUCAAAACUCUGUCCCUCUUAGCACAAGGAUAAGGGUCGUCCACUUCAUACUAAAUCACACACCUAUCCACUCAGGAGAGAAUUUGCGGGAUCUCAUGAAGGCAAAGGUUUUUGAGGCGAAGUUCUGUUUACAUGAGAAAAAGAGACAGAAAGAGCUGAAGGAGAGCUGGGCACGAUGGACAGCCUGUCUCCAAGGGCAACCCAUAACUGCUGUCAGGAACUACUUUGGGGAGAAGGUGGCUUUGUACUUCCUGUGGUUGGGAUGGUACACAUUUCUACUCAUCCCACCAGCUCUCAUAGGGAUCUUAGUCUUUCUCUAUGGCCUCAGCUACUUCAACAGUUCGCCCCUCAUACAAGAGGUUUGUGAGUCUAACAGAGUCAUGUGUCCACUUUGUGACACGGGUUGCAAAGUGUGGAAGCUUUCAGAAACCUGCUCAUAUGCCAAGCUGAGCCUGCUGUUCGACAAUAAUGGCACGGUGCUCUUCGCUAUGUUCAUGGCAAUAUGGACAACACUGUUUUUGGAGUUCUGGAAGAGACAUCGGGCAACGUUUGUGUACGAAUGGAAAGUGUACGAUUGGUCUGAAUCAGAGGAGGAACUAAUCCUGGAAAUCGUGAACAAUGCUGACUGUGAACCGAAGGAGUACAAGCAUUCUUACCUUCACAACACUCUGGUUUUGAUCUGUGUCACAGUUAUGAUAUUUGUGAUUAUUGGCUUGACGCAUGUCUUGGUGGUGUUUAGAGUUAUAAUAGCAGGGUUUCUGGCUAAAAAGCAUUUCCAAAGCAACAGCUCCCACAUCGGAGCAAUGUUAGCAGGCGGUCUGCUCCAUUUCCUCAUCAUCACCAUCAUGACACGGGUCAACAGGAUUGUAGCUAUGAAGCUUUGUGAAAUAGAGAAAACAAGGUCAUUUGCUGCCAGAGAGAGGAGUUUCACUUUGAAGAUGUUCACCUUCCAGUUCUUUACCUACUUCUGCUCCCUCUUCUAUGUGGCAUUUAUUCUUGGCAGGAUAAAUGGCCAUCCGGGUAAAUAUGUACGAAUUGCAGGGGAAUGGAGACUGGAAGAAUGUCACCCGAGUGGAUGUCUUACAGACUUGUUCAUUCAAAUGACUAUUAUAAUGGUUGCGAAGCAAACCAUCAGCAAUGUGUUUGAGUACAUUGGCCCCUGGUUCUACAGGUUCAUGGGAAAGAGGAAAAGAUCUCCUAAACUACAGAGGAAAUGCGCCAACUGCUACCUGAAAGAUGAAUCUGAGGUCAAAGAUGGAGAUGAGCUGUGCGAGAACUGCAAACUUAGAGACUGGCACAAAAACUUUCAACUCAGUGAUGUGGAUUCUUUCAGCCUGUUCAAUGAGUUUUUGGAGAUGGUGAUCCAGUUUAGCUUUACCACCAUAUUUGUGGCAGCAUUUCCACUUGCUCCCCUGUUUGCACUCAUCAAUAAUGUGAUUGAGAUCCGCUUGGAUGCAAUUAAGAUGGUCACUCUGCAGCGCAGAAUGGUUCCCAAAAAAACCAAUAAUAUCGGUGUCUGGAUAGACAUACUGGAGGCUAUUGGUGUUUUAGCUGUCAUUGCAAAUGGGCUUGUAAUUGGGGUUUCAUCGGAUUUUAUCCCUCGACUUGUGUAUCGUUACGUCUACAGCCCAUGUGUCAACGACACUGCAACAAAUAUAGACUGCAUGGUUGGUUACAUAAACAACACCUUGUCCAAUGCAUCAAUGAGUGAUAGCAGGGUAAUGUUUGAGCCAGACCAAAUGAUCACUCCUGAUGGCUUCAAUGCGACUUCAUGCAGCUACAAAGACUACAGAAACAGUGACUUUAAUGUUACCCCACAGUUUUGGCUGAUUUUAGCUGUGCGCUUUGCUUUUGUUAUCCUCUUUGAGCAUGUUCUUGUCAUAUGUAAAUUCAUUGCAGCCUGGUUUGUACCAGCGGCUCCAAUGCAAGUGAAGAAUGAAAGACUCUUUGACAAACUUAAAAGACUUAAAGAGGAACUUAGGUCUUUUAGGCCUGAAAGCGUUUGGAUUCCUUGAUGGGACAUUAUUGUGAAAACUGUGAAAACAUAACCCCAGUAUGGCCUUGUGCAUCUACAUCUAAAACAUGGAAGGUUUGAUGCAUGUCUCAUCUUAACUCAUCGUCCUGAGGAGAUGAAACAGAGUCGCCCCACUCUGCUGAUGAUUGACACAUCCUGUUUAUGCAUGUACUGAAAAACUCUACAGAAAGACAGUUUUCUUUUUUUUGGGCCCACAUAGAUAAGGUCAGAGACUUACGCUCAUUUUUUGCAUGAUUCUCAUACUGAUUCUGGAGUUGUAAUGAUUUAUUCUAACCGGUUUUUACCAGGGUGGAAUGGUGAUAACAUUCAACUUCAGAAACUGUUAAAAACAAGGAUUUUCUCCUGUCGACACUGGUUUAAAAUUAUAGUUAAAGGCACAAACAUAUUCAUAUAUUCACCAGCUAUUGUUUUUUCCUUCCCAGUUUUAUAUUGUAUAAUCAUUUCAUAUUUGACUUCAUUAAGUAAAAAGAAUGGUUUAUAUAAAUCAUUAAAAGUCCCUAAAUUGCUAACAUUUAUGCCCAUGGUGAAUGCAUGUAAGCCUCUGAGCGGAACAGUGUGUGUACUGUAACUGAUGUUACUGACCUUGCCUUUUAUAACUUUAUAUUAUUGGCUAAGAGCUUAGUGUUGGGUCUGUGAUUGUGAGCCAUGUGUGUGUUCUACAGAAAGCCUAAAGAUUGUUUAUAGUACUACACUGCACAUAGACUGCUGAUUGUGUUAUCAUGAUGCCUUACACUGUAAAACAAACUAAUGCUUGUUGCUUUUUUCAGAUAAAAUUUUGUUUAUGUAAAUGAGAAUGUUUUGCAUUAUUAUAUUUUAUAUUAUUGAAUAAAAUAAGAAACUUG